AAAAGAGGCAUGUACUUUUCCCUCCUCCCACCCAUCAGGAAACACUCACGUUCAAAUACAAGCUCCACUAGGCAACUCACACUACUGCUUUCAGCACAGCUGCUAUACAACUGAAGUCCAGGGCUUAAAAGCAAAUACUUUUACGCGUUAACUACAUCAUGGAUGGUCCGCAGUCUCAAUGAAAACAAAUGCAGUGUUAACGCCUCACCGUGGAUUGUCUACCCUCCGAAAGCAAGAAAGGACUCAAAUUUUGCAAAGCGUGAGGAAAAAAAGGACAGAAAACAGCUGAAAAUGUUUUGGGUUAACGCUUCCGGUAGGCCAAGGCAUCUGCACUGAGAUGACUACAAUGGAACUGGAAACCCAGUCCUGGAAAAUAGUUGAAAGCAGAACAUCUGGAUUGCAUUACUGGACUUGACGAGAGAGAGGAGACGAGAACGCACACAGCUUAGCAGAAUGUUCAUGAAUUGCAGACGGGUGAAAAAAUGUCAGUUUCUACGGCUCAUCUCGAUGUGCUGCGUCAUGUCGCUUCUCAUGGUUUGCUGGGACCACGUGGACCACCACGUCGUGAGCCACGUGAAGUCGUACUCGUACCGUUACCUAAUCAACAGCUACGAUUUCAUCAACAAAAGCCUCAGCGUCAGCCCGGAGGAAGCUGCUAGGUUUGGAAGCUACCCGUACUUGCUAAACAACAAGGACAUCUGUAAAGACCAAGACGUGUUGCUGCUUCUCUUCGUGAAGUCCUCGCCGGGAAACUUGAAGAGACGACAGGCCAUACGCUCCACGUGGGGCAACGAGUCCUACAUAAGCCACGAGCUGGGCGUUGUAGUAAAAGUAGUGUUUGCUAUGGGAGCUCACCCUGAUGUGCUCUCUGAGAGCGUAAUACAGAAGAAAUUGCACAGGGACCUGCACAAGGAGCACAAGAAUCACGGCGACCUGGUUCAGCAGGACUUCCUUGACACUUUCCACAACCUCACUGUAAAACUUCUGCUUCAGUUCCGCUGGACGCACGAGAACUGUGCCCAUGCUCACUUCCUCAUGACUGCAGACGAUGAUGUCUUCAUCCAUUUGCCUAAUUUGGUUCGCUACCUUCAGGACCUCAGAAGACAGAACGUGCAAAACCUGUGGGUGGGCCACGUGCACAGGGGGGCGCCUCCCGUUCGCCGCAGGGACAGUAAGUACUACAUGCCCUUCGACAUGUACCAGUGGUCGUCCUACCCCGAUUACACCGCCGGGGCGGGGUACGUCGUCUCGGGCGACGUGGCAGCCAAAAUCUACCAGGCCUCGCUGUCUCUGAACGCCUCUAUGUAUAUCGAUGACGUCUUCAUGGGUAUCUGUGCCAUCGCAGCGGGAGUCUCGCCUCAGGAACACGUUUACUUCUCGGGUGAGGGGAAAACGCCAUAUCACCCCUGCAUCUUUGAAAAAAUGAUCACCUCUCACGGACACGAGGACGAUAUCAGGUAUCUGUGGAAGGCUGCGACCGAUCCACAGGUAGAAGGUAUUUCGUCUGGACUGGUUGGGAAGCUCUACUGUACAGCUGUGAAAUUGACGCUGCUUUGUAAGCCGUACUUUACAAACACGUAUUCGUGCACGGCGGCUUUUACAUGACGCACUAUGAAGUCCGAGCAGUAUUUCAUUUUUUUGGUUUACUUUUGCUUUAAAUGUUAGACAUUUUGUCAGCUAUGAAAUAAAGUUAAAAGCUAAGCAUUUGUUUUGUACUUUUAAUUAUAUUUUUAAUUAUUUAUUUUUUCAUGUACAGUGUAGGGCGAGAGAGCAGGAAUGGGAUGGAAAAAUGUAGUGCAGCGAUGCUAUUUAACACAACAUGAGUCUCACAAAACCUGUCAGGGUCAUAUUUCACUCCAAAAAUGAAUAUAAUAGGGUAAAUAUUAAAUACAAAUACGUAAAGUGAUUUUGAAACUAUUAAGAUUUUACCCACAACUCACCAUAAUUAACCAAAAAAAAAAAAAAAUUCUCAUUUCUGUAAUGCUAGAUAAAUAAUAAUACAUUAUUUAAACAGAAUUUAUAUAUCAUGGUAGAAAAAAAAACUUUUUACUGUAAAUGCAAAAAUAAAACUGAAAUAUAUCAUGAAUCGAUAUAAUAUCGAAUAAAAUAAUUUAAUAAUAAUAUUUAAUAUUAGUAAAAAAAACUUUACAAUAAAGCUUCAGUUGUUAACAUUAGGUAAUGUAUUAACUAACAUGAACGAACAAUGAACAAUGCAUUUACAUAAUGUUAGUUCAUAAAAAAACAGUUGUUCAUUGUUAGUUCAUGUUAGUUCGUAACUAAUGUAACUAAUGUUAACAAACAACUUGUGAUUUUAAUAAUGCAUUAGUAAAUGCUGAAAUUAACAUUCACUGAAAUUAAUAAAUGCUGUUCAUUGUUAAUUCAUGUUAACUAAUGUUAACUACCUUAUUGUAAAGUUUAACCAAUUUAUUUAUCAUCAUGAAAAAAUUAAAUAAAUGAGAUUAAGGCCAUAACAAUAUGCAUUUUCCUGAUCUUUUUUGGGGGUGAAGUGGACUUGAACAGGUUUUUGUGAGACCUGCUCUGUUUAUGUUUCAGCAUGCUGUUACUUUCAUUUCCUAUACCUCACGCCAUUGUAACAGUGUAUGACUCUGUUUAGCUUCUAAGAAAGAUCAUGUUUCACUGUGGUAUGCCUUUAGAGAGUGUUACUUUCAUGUUGCAAAUGUCAUAUGCUUCUGCUUAAAGCUUUCAAACAUUUUAACAAACUCAUGAGAAAAAUGGUGCUACUUGUGAAUAAGGAUUUUAAAAAAGUACAUUUUGCUACAAUAAACCCAAGCCUACUGAGAUAUAUUGCACUGUGAUGUUAUUAUCAUGACAACUAACCCUCAAAUCUCAUUAGCGUAAUACAAAACAAUCUUAUUCUUGGUACACUGUAAAAAAAACAAUUUGUUGAUUCAACUUAAAAUAAUUUGUGCUGCCUUAAAAUUUUAAGUUCAGUCAACUCGAAAAAGUUUAGUCAACUUGAAAUGUUAAGUUGCACUAAGUGACAACUUAAAUAUUUGAGUUCAUUCAAUUUAAAAUUUUACGGCAGCUGGGUAGCAAGCCCAGCUUUUAAGUUUAACAAACCAAAUAGUUUGUUUGGUCAACUCAAAUAUCAACGUUUUCACUUAGUACAACUUAACAUUUCAAAUUGACUAAACUUACAGUGCCCUCCACAAAUAUUGACACCCUUGGUAAAUAUGAGCAAAGGCAGCUGUGGAAAUAAAUCUGCAUUGUUUAUCCUAUUGUUUGAUCUUUUGUUCAAAAAAUUCUAACCUUCAUUGAAGUUAAACAAUGGAAACUGGGGGUAAAAUCUCAUUAUGAAAUAAAUGUUUUUCUCUAGUUCACGCUGGUCACAAUUAUUGGCACCCCUAGAAAUUCUUAUGAGUAAAAAAAGCCCUGCAAAGCGGCUUUAGCUUCCACUUCCUGCACACACGAUUGGAUAUGCGUCUAAUAGCGCAUUUUUAUCUUAGUUUAACGUUGAAACUAACAUUGUUUUAUACUUGAGCUCUUUUAGGCCUAUAUCUAUAGAUUUUAUUUUAGGCAAGCCAUGAAGAUUUCAGAAGGAAAAAUUAAUCAAACACACUAUGAUCAGUCUUCCGCUGGUUACUUUAAAAAACAAAAACUUAUAUUUAACGAACAAAAAAUGCUCUAAAAGUUUUUCUAAAUUAACUUAGUUAAAAAAAAAAAAACUAAACAAAAUAUAAUCACUUUGCCAUUACAUACAAAA